AUGACGGCCAUUUCCACCCACGAUCAGCACGUCUCUUCUACUGCCACAGCGGCGAGGCAAGAGCGCGAUAUCGCACCUGCGACAUGCUCUAAACUUGUAGAGCACGAAGACAGACCACCUGCACUAGCUCUGACGUCUCGGCAUCCGUCCCAAUCUCCUGCAUAUGAAGCCACAGGCGAGGGCCCAAAUGAGGCAAUUCUUAUUUCCACUGAUUCGGAAUCGGAGUCCAUGUCGGAGUCAGACGGCGAAACGGACGACGACGUUCCGUCUCUCAAGACAAUGAAUGGACGUAUCGAUAAGGAGACUACAACACAGCCUAAUACUUCGUCGGCAUCAACAGCAACUGUGCCUAAUACGCCGCGAGACGUUUCACUAAGUCCUGAAGGGGAUGACGACUUGGAUGGGGCUGUACAAUGCUCACGUUCUGCUUUUCCCAACACCUCGCCCCCCCCAAGGCAGGCGUUCAGGGAUGGGUCAGACUCCAGUCGGCGCUCAUCAAGUAUACCCGCUGAGGUAGCUGAGCAAGGUUAUGGGCAGGCUGAGGACGCAGACGAGUCACUCUCAAGCCAUCGUGACAAUCGUGAACCGAGCUGCCGUGCCGAACUGCCGCGGCAGACUCAGCCACAUGAGGGCGCCAUUCACAACGAUUCAGCGUCUAUCGAUGGCGACGGCAACAUCGCUGAUCAUGGCGACAGUGACAGCUCCUCCCGCGAUGGCGACAGCGACAGCAGCAGCGACAGCGACGGCGGUAAUGACGGCGAUGACGAUGACUACAAUGAUGACGGAAGUCCCAGCGAUACCGAUGGCGAGGAUGACGGCCACAGCAAAAAGCGCAGCGCGAACCAGUCGCCUUCAGUGACUAGUUCCGAAGAUGGCCAUGCUGACAGCCUUUCCGAUGACAACAUGGCGGUGAAGACUCUUAGACCGCAUAAACGCCAGAAGGUCGCCCAUGAAGGAGCAGGCAUGACGCCUGUUCGCAGCCCGAACCAUAUGCCUCGCUCUGGAGGACCUCCGCUGCUAUCGCCUAGACGGGCUCAGACAGCCGGCAUGCUUAGCCCACCAGCCUCUCACAGCCUGUCCGAAUCUGAGAGCGAGAAUGGCUCAGAUUGCAGUAAGGCGUCGUCAGCAUCCUUCGGUGAAUGGCAGUUGCAAAACGCUGCAUUAAAAUGCGUGACGAUCGACGGAAUCACUACGUUUCAAUUGCAGUUCCAACGAGUGCAGCCGCAUUCUUGCAGCAGCCGGCGACAGCGGCGACCGCACAAACUGGUCAAGAGCAAGGCCAGAGGUCGAAAAUCGAGGGAUGAGACGAAAGGUCGUCGAUGUGGCAUGUGCGAAUAUCUAGUGAGGACGGCAGCUCACUCCUGCGGCGGACCUACUAAAAGGUCAAGAGCUUAG